CAAGUUCCGGGGGACGUACGGUUGAUGACGUCAUCGCGUAAGCUCCAACGUAAACAGAGCGGAGGCUAGCAGCUAUUAUCGAAACAAACCGAUAUUGAGAAAUGGCAACGAAACUGGAGUCCAAUGGAUAUUUAAGGAUCUGACGUUUAACAAGUUCAUACGUAUGCUCCAUCCCUAAAAGUCUCGAUCAGCGUCCACCAUGUCGUCCCGUGUUUUGAUGCGGCAGCAGCUCAUGAGGGAGCAAGCCCAGGAGCAGGAGAGGCGCGAGGCCCAGCAGAAGGCCUCAGCCUCCCAGCUGCGGGCCUCAGAAUCCACUCCAGCCAUCUCUGUGUCUCUGCCUCUAAAUGCAGCUCGCCCCCCACCAGCACAAGUGCCUGUGGAGGUGCUUAAAGUGCAAACUCACUUGGAGAACCCCACAAAGUACCACAUCCAGCAGGCACAGAGGCAGCAAGUGAAGCAGUACCUCUCCACCACUUUGGGAAACAAGGCAAUCACUCAGAGUCUCGGUGUGUCUCCGGUACAGCAGUCCAGUUCCGCCCCUGAAGUUGCCCACACUGCCAGCAGUGCCCCCAACAGUCCAAUGGCAAUGCUCAACAUCGGAUCCAACAAGGAGGAAAUUGACGAUGUGAUUGACGACAUCAUUAGCCUUGAAUCCAGUUUUAAUGACGACAUCAUUACAUUUAUUGACCCAGGUCUUCAGCUGCCCAGCACGCUCCCAGGAAAUCAUCUGGAACUCUACCACAGCCCAGGAAUGGGAGCACCUACUCUCACCGUCAGCAACUCCUGUCCUGCUGAUCUUCCAAAGAUUAAAAGGGAAAUUACAGAAAUUCCUCCUGCAGAUGCAGAUGCCAAAGCUAUAAUGAAAGAAAGACAGAAAAAAGACAACCAUAACCUCAUUGAGAGGAGGCGAAGAUUCAACAUCAAUGACCGUAUCAAAGAGCUGGGUACUUUGAUACCAAAGUCAAGUGACCCAGAGAUGCGUUGGAAUAAAGGCACCAUCCUGAAAGCCUCUGUGGACUACAUCCGAAAGUUACAAAAGGAGCAGCACAGAGCCAAGGAUGUUGAAAUGCGACAGAAAAAGCUGGAACAGGCCAACCACAUCCUGAUGUUACGCAUCCAGGAGCUGGAGAUGCAGGCGCGCCUCCACGGCCUCUCCAACCCCACCGGCAUCUCAGCAGAUCUGAACUCUGACCCUUCCCUGCAGCCAGUUUCACAAAGCGGCCAGGCGCUCCCUCAAAACACGGGAGUCGGCGCGCCCCAGAACCUCCUGGGCCUCGGAGCCGUUGGGGCGUCCAUGCCAACCUCCUUCCUGUCCCCGCCCUCCUCCGACUCGCCCGCGGGCGUCACCCUCAGCAGCCCCCUAGAUCUGGGCAGCCUGAGCUUUGCCGAGCUCGAUGACACCUCGGCGGCCGCGCUCUACCCCGACGUGGGUUUAGGAGACAUUCUCAUGGACGAGGGGUGCGUGCUGUCUCCUGAUCGGGUGGGCGAGUCGCUGUUUUCUCCUUUGUCACCAGGUGCCUCUAAAACCAGCAGCCGCAGAAGCAGCCUCGACAUGGACGAGGACUUAUGAUACGUUCUGUGUGGUCAGAGAGUCUGCAGCGACAGGGACGUCCGUGUCCUCUAUAACAUGUUCAAGACUGUAGCGCCGGACUUUCAAGUAUCACUUACACUAUAAAAAAUAAAAAUAAAAAGUACUAACUUCCAUUUUGGAUCAAAAGAUAGUAAGUUCCUAAAUUUUCUUUCUGCCAUACAGACCUAACUACUAUUAUUCCUGUUUGGAACAGGACAAAUGAUUAUGUUUAAAUAUAAAAACUUAUUAAAACGGAAUAUUGUAAAUUAAGUAGAAGCAGCAUUAGAGAGUCAAAGAAAAAAGUUUUAAGAUCUAUAAAAAAAGAGGGAUAUAUAUAAAUGUUUUUGCUUGAAUUUAUUAGAUGCAUUUAUUAUUUGUAUGGAAGAAAGCUGUGAGGUUUCUUUUUAAUGACAAUAUUAGAAUAACAAACGUAUGCAGAGAUGCCACAAUGCUUAGUUUUUUAUUUCUCAAGCCAACUGGAAUCAGGGUUUUUUUGCAGAUUGCUUUCGUCUGUUUCACCAGCAGCUAGAGAAGGGAUCUUUGUAAAGUGAAUUGGCAUGUGACACAUUCACCACCAGUUGUAUAUAAGAAUUUUAUAUUUUCAGCAAUUUCCUUGCACCUUACUUUGUGACAGUCUAUGCAUUUUAUGAGAGCUUUUGUUUAUGUGACUGUGACGCAGCGGAGCGCUACGGUCCAGUUUUCAUGUCAUCAACCUGACAAGUGUGGGAAAAUAAAUACAUGAAAAAUCAGUUGCUGCUGCAGCUAGUGAGCCAAAGCAGGAAUUCUUCAAGAGUAGCUACAAAUGGAAACAAUUGCAAAUCAGCAUUUCAUUUUGAAACACAUUCUGUGGUGAAAAAUGCAGAAUCCUUUUUGCAGCAGUACUGUAGUUCAUUUUUUAAAUACCUGAUAAUUUGAUAAGUGCUUUUUCAUAACUAAUAUCUGUUCAGUCAGUGAUCGUUUGUCUCCUUUUAUUGAUCGCUGGAUGAUUUUAACUGUUGGCAUGUUUGUUUGUUUAUUGAUUAAAUUGGAUAUCUAACAAUGCAUAACUGCUCUGUAAAGUAUGAAUUUGGUAUUGGACUCCUUGAAACCACUAGUCUCACCUCCUUUUUAUAAUGUAAUAAUGACUAUUUGAGUGGAAACUGCAAUACAAUCGUUCUAUUAAAUAGAGUUUAGUGGGUUUUUUUUGUCUGAUGCUUUAAAGGACCUUAUGUACAGUAAAUGAAUGUGUGUUUUGCGAAAGCACAUGCAUAAGUUUGUUGUGUUUUGUUUUUUAACACUGACGUACUUCUCUAAGAGGCAGAUGAUGAUGUUGUUUUUACUCCCCUAUUCAAAGCACCUAUGGUCAGCUUUGUCUUGUUAUAUGCAACGACUCUGUAAAGUGAUGCGAGUGCUAACAUCGACUGUUAAUACAUGUAGCACGCCUGUUCCCACAGACUGGCUUCCAGAAGACUUUAUCGAAUAAAUGGUUUCUUUGUUGCUUCA